CGUCAAUAAGUGGAGGCUGAACCCAACUUUCUUCUCCAUGAUCUCCAAGGACAAUUUUUUACGACCCUGGAAUGGAUGAAGCUCCAGAUAAGUGGUUCUAUAUAGAAGGAUCUCGCUCUGCUUUGGAUUUCUUCUCUUGUCAUCAUCAAGCAUUCAGUUGUAGAGUUGAAUCUGGGAUUUGGCACUACUCUUCCCGAACCCCGCCACAUAGGCCUCGAUAUCUAGGUUCCACCCAACCCUCAAAAGUGUUCCUUUUCCCUUCUAGUAUUAUCAACUUAUUUCGCUUAUAAUGUCCGUCACGAUUGAUAACGGUCCAAUGGACGGACCUGAUCAGAUUGUACCUGAGCACAGCCCGAAGAGAUCAUUUGGAGAACAUAUUCAGCACAUUGUCAAGGCUUUCACUACCAAGGAAGGACUUGUUGGAACAUAUGAUUAUGGUUAGCAAUCCAACGAUAAAUAUGAGUUUCUUGAAUACUUACAAGAAGUAUAGCAUUUCUAUUCAGACCGAACCUUCCGUUUAUGAAGAAAUCCAAGAAACGAGCCCCAUUUUUCGGUCUUCAGGAUAGAAUGCCUGUUGUACUGGCUCUUCUACUCGGAUUUCAACAUGCUUUGGCAAUGUUGGCAGGAGUAAUUACACCACCCCUCAUCAUUGGAGGGUCUGCAAAUUUUAGCGCAAAUACUACUCAAUAUCUCGUUUCCACCUCAUUGAUCGUAUGUGGUAUUCUUUCGGCCGUUCAAAUCACCAGAUUCCACAUCUACAAAACUCCAUACUACAUUGGCACAGGACUCAUCUCCGUAGUUGGGACUUCAUUCGCCAUCAUUCCUAUUGCUACUAAGGGACUUUCCCAAAUGUACUCGAAUGGAAUGUGUCCCUCCUCAGCAGAUGGAACUCCCUUGCCGUGUCCCGAAGGAUAUGGAGCAGUUCUCGGAACAUCAUCACUUUGCGCGUUAUUGGAAAUUGGACUUUCUUUCCUCCCUCCAUCAGCAUUGAAGAAACUUUUCCCGCCUCUCGUUACUGGACCUACAGUUACACUUAUCGGUGUCUCUUUGAUUACGAGUGGCCUUAAGAAUUGGGCUGGUGGGAGUGGAAAUUGCAAUGGGAGACCGGAGACCGGGAACUUUCAACUUUGUCCUUCGAAUAGUGCACCCCAUGCUUUGCCCUGGGGAAGUGCUGAGUUUAUUGGCCUUGGAGUUUCGGUCUUCGUUACUAUUAUUCUAAGUGAGAGAUUUGGAGCUCCUAUUAUGAAAUCUUGUAAGUUCACUCUCUCUCAGGAAGCUUAAUAGAUACAUUACUGAUGCUUUGAUAAAGUGAGUGUUGUCAUCGGUCUUCUCGUAGGAUGCAUCAUUGCAGCAGCGACAGGUUACUUUGACAAAAGUUCAAUCGAUGCUGCACCGGCAGCAUCAUUUAUCUGGGUUGAGACAUUUCCUCUUUCCGUCUACGGUCCUUUCAUCCUUCCGUUCAUGGCAGUUUACCUGAUUCUUAUGAUGGAAGCGAUCGGUGAUAUCACGGCAACUUGCGAUGUUUCUCGCCUCCAGGUCGAUGGCAAACUCUUCGACUCUAGGAUUCAAGGUGGGGUUUUGGCCGAUGGAUUCAACGGAAUGCUUGCUGGUCUUUGUACCAUCACCCCUAUGUCAAGUAAGUCCUACAAAAACGACGCUCCUCCUCCAAAAAUCCCAGAGAUCUUAAAGAAUGAUUGCUAAACAUAUACAACAGCCUUUGCCCAAAACAACGGAGUAAUCGCCUUAACCCGCUGCGCAAACCGUAAAGCUGGCUACGCAGCCUGUUUCUUCCUAAUCGUCAUGGGCGUAUUCUCCAAAUUCGCCGCUGCACUAACAUCCAUUCCCUCUGCCGUCCUUGGAGGAAUGACUACCUUUCUCUUCGCCUCCGUAGCCGUCUCCGGCAUCCGAAUCAUCGCCACCGUCCCUUUCACACGACGAACGCGCUUCAUCCUUACCGCUGCCAUGUCCCUAGGUCUGGGUGCUAUCUUGGUCCCUGACUGGUUCUCGUACGUUUUCACCUACAAGGGGGGCAAUCGGGCGAAAGCGGGGUUUUUUGACGCUAUUGCGCUUGUGAUGGAGACGGGAUUUGCAGUCACGGCUUUUUUGGCGGUGGCGCUUAAUUUGAUGUUGCCCGAGGAGGAUGAGGGAGAGGAAGUGGAGAGUUUGGCGGGAGAUUUGGUGGAUGAGAGGAGGGCGGAAGAAGCUGAGAUGGGAGAUCCGGAAUGGAAGGGACAUGAUUCGGAAAAUGGAAGAGUGAGACCUAGUGGGAGUACCAAUGGGAAUGUGGAGUUAUCCAAGGCUUGAAUAGUUUGUGGAUUGGUGUUGGGGGCUGGGUUGAUUUGCAAAAGUACUCUCUUGUUUUUCUACAUAAAAAGAGGGGGUUACGGGCGAAAUCGGUUGAUGUAUCACGAAGCUAUUGUUAAUGUAUAUUUAUGCUAUGUUAAGUUCGCAUGCUUCUGUGGUUGUACAGUAUUACUAAGUAGGUGAGAGAAAAGGCAACAGUGAGGAAUCUAGCAGAAUGAAUAUGGCAUUGGUAUAUGAUUUAUUCCC